AUGCCAUCACGAUCUAAAAACUACACCUUGAGACCAUUCAAAGAAGCUCCAUUAUCAUCUUCUUCUUCUGCAAAGCCAGUUGAGUUGGAGUCGAUCGACUUGUCGCUUUAUAAAGAAGGUGCCGACAACUUGCCUAGCAGAAAAGAAUUGGCUAAAAAGAUUGAAAAGUCCUUAUCGACAUAUGGAUUCAUUUCCGUCAUCAACCAUGGCUUUGACGCAACAAAGUUGGAAUAUUUGAAAUCUGUAGCACAGGCAUUGUUGGAGCUGCCUUUGGAGGAACAGAAAAAGUACCUUGCUGGCGCGUUGAAAUCGGACCUCGAGGAUAGAUCGAAAUCCAUUGGCGCUGAAAGAGCCUCAGGGUUCAAGCCAAAGGGCUACUGGUCGAUGCGGAAUGGAGUUGAAGACUCCAUCACGCAUUACAAUUUCAACUUUAUGAAUCACGCUAGAUUUCUCGAUGAGAAACAGAACAACUACCCUGAGAUUGUCAAGGACCAUUUGCAAGAGAUUGCAGAAUACUAUAGAUUUUUGCAUAACGACACGUUGAGGAAAAUUUGCAAUUUGUCAGAUUUGGUAUUGGAGUUGCCCGAGGGUUUCAUUUACGAGAAUUUCUAUUCCGUGACUGAGGGCGACUACGAAAACUCCGGAGGUGGUGCUGGCCGAUUUAUGCUUUACGACGCUAUGGAUCCUGAAGAUAGAGAGAAAGUGGGCAACACUUGGUUGAGAGGACACUCCGAUAGUGGUGGCUUUACCUUCAUCACCUCGCAGCCAAUUUUGUCGUUGCAGAUUCGAGACUAUUACACGGGAGAAUGGAACUACGUCGGCCACACACCUAAUGGGUUGAUUGUGAAUAUAGGUGACGCGAUGGAGUUUAUCACGGGCGGGUUCUUCAAGUCUUCCAUCCACAGAGUCACGCUGCCACCAGAAGAUCAGGAGGGUUACAGGAGAUUAGUGCUUAUCUAUUUCUGCAAGCCCAAGAACACGGCGAUUUUGGACCCGGAGUCUUUAAACUCGCCAAAACUAAAUAGGUUGGGGGUGGUGAAGCCCAAGGAGUGGGAAAAGAUUAGUUUUCUGCAGUGGAAUGACGAAAAAUCGAGGUUAUUUGGUAAAAAGGCCGUCAAUGAUACCAAGAGCGAGGAGCCUAAGCUUGUAUUGCUUUAUGGCCGCUUGCACGAAAGAUGGCAUCAAGCUGAAACGAAUUUCAAUUUGGAAGAAGCUUUAAAGAGAUUUGAUGUGCUUAAAUUGGAAGCCUAA